AUGGUCGCGACACUUGUGCUACAGAGGGAUGAGAAUGGAGACCUGCAUGACACUGGAGUUCAUCUGUGUAAUGCAGCAGGUCAGAGGAUAGAUGGACAAGGGACUGCAAUCCUUGAGCCAUCUGCUGCCACCGAGGAUAAAGUUCCUCUUCAGAGAUCGUUAGCAGAUUUGACCAUGCCUAGUCAGUUCUUCACCAACAGGUCUUCGAUUCGACCUCUAGAAAUCCAGGGAAUUCAGAUACACCACACACACAUCUCUCAUGUGGGUCAGCACCCUUAUCGUGGUCUUCCUGAUGAAAAUCCCUCGGAUCAUAUUGAGACACUCGAGGACUUUGUGUAUGGCAUACAGAAGGAUGAAGCAACCAAAGACUACAUCAUCUGCAAGCUGUUCAAAUAUUCUCUCUCUGGGAAUGCUAAAAAUUUGCUGAGAAGUCUACCACCAGGAUCUCUCACUACAUGGAAUGAUGUCAGGACUGCGUUUAUGACUGAAUUCUUAGAUGAUGCAUGGGCUGAAGAGAUGAGAGAUAAAAUUUGGACAUUCUCUCAGGGACCUACAGAAGCUUUCAAAUGCUCUUGGGAAAGCGAAGGAAACUUCGAGACAAGGACACCAGAGGAAGCUAAGAGACUUAUUGAGAACUUGAUGUCUAGCAAGAGUUCCAAAAAUCUGGAUAUGCACAGGAUAAAAUCAGUUGCAAUGGAUGGUGACAAGAUCGUUGAGGCUGAGAUUGGUUAUGUACAUGAAGUCUCAUGGGUAGAACAUGCUGAAGAGAAGGAUGAGGAUCAGGGCUAUAUAGAAAAGAUGGAAUCUAUGAUAGAGAAGGUCCUGAAAAUUCAGCAGAAGACGAGUGCAUACUUAAAUCUGAGGUUGGAUGUUCUCUACAAAGAGCUGAAUGGAAAAAUUGAAACCUUAGAUGCCCAUGUCAUGAUGCUAGAUGCCCAGGUUUGUCAGACUGCAGAAGCUGUGAAGAAGCAAGAAGCUCAGGUCAAAGGGAAAGCUGUGGAAAGUGAGAGGCACCAGGUUAAUGCCAUCUCAGAUGAUGACUUUGGGGAAGUGCUCGAGCAGGAAAAGCUAGAAGAAGAUGCUUUCCUAGUCAAAAGCUGCAUGUCAAUAGGCAGCUCGAGAGAAGUUAACAAAGAGGAACUUGAAGGAUUUCACAAGAGGGUGAAGAAGGUUCCUAAGGAUUUGUCUUUUGAUGAUGCAUAUCAUAAGUAUAGACUUGGCGAUUUCUUUAGAGAGACCAGAGAGACUGAUAAGGAUAUUGAGCUCCUAUUCAACAAGGUCAGCCGUAAACCCAAGAGGACACUGAAGAAGGAAAAAGAUCCUAGAAAGUUCCUGAUUCCAUGCUCUAUACAUAGCCACCAUUUACCAAACGCCCUUUGCGAUACUGGAUCUGCAGUCAGCAUCAUGGCCAUAGACACUACUGAGCUAUUAGGACUAAAGAUGGAACCUUCUAAAGAUAGUUUCACUUUCGUGGAUAGCUCCCGAGUAAACUCAGCAGGCAUGACCAAGAAUGUUAAGGUGGAGAUAGGGGAAUGCAUUAUCCCUGUGGACUUUCAUGCUAUGGAUAUCAAAUCAGGCAAGACAUCUCCACUCCUUUCUGGAAGAGCCUUCAUGGCUACUGUAGGGGCAGUUUGUGAUCUUAAGAGAAAUAAGAUGUGUUUGACUAAUGGUUGA